AUGAAUGAUCCAAGCAUUACCAAUGCGGUUGCUACCACUACUACUACAACUGCUGCUGCUACUACUACUGCUACUACUACUGCUACAACUAGAGUUUCAACUUUCGCGAACCAACAACCAUUAAUUAACGAAAAUCAUUUGCCUAUUCCUGCCUUCUCUGUAGGUGAGAGUGUUUAUGGAAAAGCGGUCAAUGGAAGAGACUUUGGGACAUGGUGGCCUGCUACUGUCAAAAGCAUUGAAUACAGCAAUGAAAACAACGAAUGGUGUUAUACUAUUAAGUUUAAGCAAGGAAAUGAAGGUUUAGAAACAUUAAUAGGUCACAACUUAGUAACAAUAGAUGAGGAUAAAGAAUUCACAGUCAAUAACAUUAAAGAUAGAUUGGAUGUUUUGGUGUUUGAUAAAACAACAAAAAAAUACUAUAAAGGUGAAAUAAUAGAAGGUACUGAACAAUCUAAUACAAGAAAAAGAAAGGUGACUGCGAUAGAAGUAGCAUGUGAAGGUACAAAUAAUUAUGAUUUAAAUAAUAUUCUUAAUUCCACAGGUAUACAAAUCAGUAAAGAAAGAAAGAGAAAUGAGUUUUUAAGAGUAGAACCAUUCAAAAUUGAAUAUUUUUUACAAGAUAUUUACCCAAUAAUAAAUCUAUAUAAAUUAUCUAAUAUAAAAUUAUUUGCUGUUUGUUCACAUAAAUUUGGUUUACUAAUUGAAAUAACUAAUGCGUUAUAUCCUGAUGGCAAAAAUAUUGGAUUGCUAUUACUUUUCUCUGAGUUUGCAAUGGAAUGCUCAACUGGAUCCGAUGAAGAUCUCUAA